GCUGUGUUUUAUAACCAAAGGAAUGCUAAUUGGAAAAUGGACUGAAAGGCAUUAAAAAGCAAACUUGAAAAGACAUAGGGAAGCUUCUCCCCAUACCAGUUGACAAAGAUGGUCUUUUGUAUCUGCUUUCAAACAAAAUCCUUGAUUGGGAAACCAUGCAUAUAUUUGCAAGUGAUCUUCACCUGGGACUGUCGUCAAUGGAACAAGGUCAGUUUCUGUAAUGAUCUGAAAUCUAUUUAAAACAAUUAAAGUGCCAAGCUUCUGAUGAAAGAUUAUCGCCUGCCGCAUCAAGAGAUGAUUAAAAUUGAUGCUCAGAGAUAUCAGGCUGAAACUUCUUCAGUAAGAUGCACAGAGGGGGGAUAAAAGCACCCUGCUGUUAAAAAUCUAACUCUUUUGUUUUUUAAACUAAGAAGAAGAGAAGCCUGUUUUAAGACGGCCCUCAGAAGAUGUUUUUGCAGGAAAUUUAGGCCCUUUUGAGGUUGUGAGAAGACAUCUCUCAAGGGAUAGCUUGUUGAGUUUGAUAACAGCAUAUUGACACUGCAGAUGUAAACUGGUUUAACAGCGAUCUCCUCUCCCUAGGGGACUGUGGUUCUAAGGAUUUUUGUCAGUACCUUCCCCAAACUACAAUCCCCAGUAUUCACUGGAGGGGAGCAGCAACAGUUGGACUGGCAUAAAACUGUUAACAUUUAUGGUGUAGAUCUGCUGUAAGGAUGUCUUCCAUCUGAGACAUUAGCCGAGUUUUAAUGUUCAGAAGCUAGAAUCCAAGCCCAAACUAUGGAGGAUGUCACUAAAGAAAUUCAGGCAGAGAAUAAGCAAGAGCUGGAAGACUCCAGUGUGGAGAAACCCUUCCUUCCAAAUGAAAGCCCUGCCCAAAAGGCCUCUGUCUUUUGCUUUAAGAAAAGGAAGAAGUCCUGCGUAACAGAGAAAAGCGAGGACCAUGAAUCCAAUUCGCUUGCCCAGAAGCCUACAAGUCAGAACUCCAGCACCAAGCAAAGUGAAAUGGAAGUUCCAGAUCCAUUGUGGACCUCAGGAGGGGCCUGGUUGGCCUUUAAACGGCUCGUGACACUGAGAAGACGGCCCAAAUCUACUUUGAAGAAGCAAACACAGUUCGGCUCCCGCGUGCAACUGGAGACAAGUGUAGAAGAUUCUGGUGCGCUGCAUUUUCCAAAGGAACACACCAGCUCCAACCUUAAAAUUCCCUGCCUGAGGUUCUCUAGAAGGAAGAAGUCCAGCCAGCCUGAAAUAACCGAGGAGGUAGAUCACGGUGAGAAAGCAAAGGAAAUGAUAAGCAUUUUGAAUAACAAAAGGAAUAGUGAACCAGAGGUUGUGGCUGUGGAAGGUCCACUGAACACUGAACACUCCCCCAGCAGAGCCCCUGGGGAGAAGGAGAGUGACAGCAGGGUUGUAAACAACGCAGAAGAACUGGUUCUCUCCAAGAGAGAGGACACAUUUGCAGUAGAGAUGAGGCCGGGCCCCAAUCAAUACACAGACUGUACAGCUCAGUCAGAAAUCAUCCACUCAGAAACAGUCCUUGAAACAGAACAGGAGAAGCAAUUCUUCCAGUUGCAUCAUGGAAGCCUUUACGGUGACCCCCAAGAAGCAAGAAAUGAAACAUUUGAUUUUGAAGAUGAGAUGGGCCUCCUCCUUCCUCAGGACCUGCCAGAAAGCGAACCCAGAGCCAUAGAAGCAGAAGGAGCCGAGCACACGCUGGCCAACGAGGAUGAGCUGGAACAAUUUGGGAAGGAUGUGGAUGUUUUGGAGAAUGCCAAUGGUACCAAGGACAGCAACUCUGUUGAAGUGAUGCUGCACUGCAGCCCAUCUGCGUUUGAAAGCGAGGCUUCAAGUGAGCCACAGUGUUCCAGUGAAGAAGUGGGGUCUGAGGAAAACAAGCCGACCAUGCUUGGAGCAGGCAUUGUCAUAAUGAUCACGGAAGCAGAGGAAUGCCCGGACGAAGAGCUCAGCCACAGCUGUGAACCAUUUUCAUUUCCACAAGCCAACAAACAGAAAGUGAAGAAAAAACCAAGCAAAGGCCUUGAUUCUGGGGCAGGGGGUUCUGGUUACACGAGGGAAGGUAAGACGUGUUCUAAGGUCCUGCCGCCCUUGGGUGCCAAUGGCCAGGAGCACCGGACUUCAGAGCAAUAUGAAAUGCUUCUGAUAGAAACAGCUGCGUCGCUUGUUAAGGCAGCCAUUCAGUCGUCCGUCGAACAGCUUGUGAACGAAAUGGCUUUGGAACAAAAUAAGCAAAACAGCUUUCUAUGAUAUAACCGCAGGAGCUCCCUGAUGAUCCUUGGCCAGGCCUUGCAAUCAGACAAGCUGACAUCAGCUGCCACCGGCCCCAGAUUUUGAGUGCCAAUAAAAGGUGCAAAUGAUCUGUUCUUUAAAUGUAUUAGAUUGUUACCGGGAGAGGGUGUCGGAUUUUCUGCCUCAGGUGCCAAAAUUGCCUGUUCCAACCUUGCCGGUUAAUUCAGUAUUAAUGCCAUAGGAAGUGUUAUGAAGGGCCUGCUUUAUUUUAACUUGGCAUGAAAGGCUUGGAAUGAAACCCUGGGAUAUUCACAGUACCUGUGAUUUGCUUAAUUUUGCAUGUUGGUGAAAUGAAAGUAUCUUGUAUGUAAAAACAGGAUGCUAGAACGGGGGACUUUCGCUGCAUGGUGAUGUGUUAAUGGCUUGUUCUGUGUGGUAGAUCUAGGAAAGGCAAAGGCAAACUCUUCCUUCCCUUCUCUGUUUAUUUCUCUUGCUAGAACCCAAGUUGUCCAAAGUCAUUAUUGUCAAAUGCCUGAGUAAUUGCUGCAUUAAUUAACUUAACACCUGCUAAAUUGCUUAGUUAAGUUGCUGUUAGAGGCAAGUCGCAGCAGAAGUGUCAGGAAAAGGUGGCAAGGCCAUCCUAAAUAGGGAAUCAAAUUAUAAAGCAAUGAAUGAAAAACACACAAGGUAAUUCGUAAGCAAACAAUUUAUGUCAAAAGUCUUGCAGAGGCCUUAGAAAAUGGAAGACUCAUAAGCCAAACCCAGGUAGCCAUAUGAGCAGAACUCCAGUCUAAUGCAGAAAACUAUAAAUUUCUAGAGCCUUUCAGCACUGUUUUGGCUCAACAUAAUUGUUUUGUUUUGUUUUCAAAGACUUGGAUCCCACUUUAUUUCCAAAAGGGAAACCAAAGCAACAAACCUCAUUGAGAACAGAUUAAACAUACCAGACCAUCAAAUAUCAGGUCAUGUUUGGGAUCAUUAGAAAAGGGAUCAAAAAUAAGACUGUCAAUAUCAUAAUGCCGUUAUACAAAUACAUGGUGUGACCACACUUUGAAUACUGUGUACAAGUUCUGGUCUCUUUACCUCUAAAAGGAUAUUGUCAGUUUGGAAAAGGUGCAGAAAAGGGCAACCAAAAUGAUGGAGCGACUACCCCAUGAGAAAAGUUAGCAGCAUUUGGGGCUUUUUAGUCUAGAGAAACAAGGUGGGUAAGAGAUGACAUGAUAGAAGUGUAUAAUAUUAUGCAUGGCAUGGAGAAAGUGGACAGAGAGAAGUUUUUCUCUGUCUCUCAUAACCCUAGAACUUGGGGUCAUCCAUUGAAGCUGAAUGGUGGUCGAUUCAGGACAGAGGAAAGAAAGAACCUCUUCACAGAGCGCAUAGUUACAACGAUGGAAUUCACUCCCACAUUAUAUGUUGAGGGCCACCAACCUCGACAGCAUUAAAAGGGAAUUAAAAAAAAUGAUGGAAAAUAAGGCUAACAGUGUCUCAUAGUCAGGAUGGGAGUGUAUUAUCUCCAGGAUUAGAGGCAAUUUGUCACUUGCUGGGGAACAGCAGCAGCCAUUGCGCUCAGUACGUGCUUGUGGGAUUCCUAUGGACUAGAUGUGCUUUCUGACCUGAUCCAUCUGGGCUCUUCCCAUGUUCUUAAAACAAUGAUCGCACAACAAUAAUACAUGUGUAAAAUGAUAGCGAUAAAAAAAGAGGGGGAAACAGUUACAAGCAGCCCAAUUCAGCAGCAGGAGAAACUCUCUUUGCAGCAACAUUUAUAACCCCAUAAGCUUUGUAGAACAACCAGGUCUCAACAGGCAUUGGAAGACCUACAGUAAAGAGGGAAGGUGAGUUUCCUUGAGAGGACGUUCUGUAGGGUUGCCAACACCACUGAAACGACCCUGCUCCUUAAGAGUUUUCCCUUUGGAAAAUAUUCGUUUGUUGCCCUGGGGGUAGAAAUACUGACGA